UCUCCGUCCAGCCAGCUGCCUUUUUGUAGUGAAAUUGAGAAGUAUCGUAUGGAUAACUUCACCAAUCAGCCGCUCCUGGUCCAUUUAGGGAAUUUCAAGGCGAGCAACAGGAAUAAAUAGAAACAGCAAAGCGUCUGACAAAAGUUCAGCUCAAAACGGCGUGCCACGUCACGCUGCGUUGCUCACAGCCAGGACAUUCCAAUAAAAAAGGACAUGGUUCUUAAGCAGUGUUGUUAAUGACUUUGUGGAGCACAAGACCUGUAAACUCCUAAUGGGCUUUUUUUUCACAAUCUGCGUUGUUUCAGCUGGACUUGGCUACAUUCCAGGGCAGCUGUGACCGCAGUAAAGAUUUCUAUCUUUACCAACAUUCCGGAGAGCAAGUAAGACAAGACAAGACAGACUGAAAAGACAGACACCCCAGCAGAAGGACACUGCAUUAGUACCUGGUCCUGCAGACAUGGAGGGGGCCAGUGAUAAGCUUUUCUGCUGCAGGUGGAUGCGCCACAGGGUUCCCCUGGCCCACAGAGAGGAACUGUACCACAUCCUGAGGAUGACAGGACCUCUGCUGCUCUCUCGAAUCCUCAAUUACCUGCUUCCAUUCGUGAUCACAAUGUUCUGUGGGCGUCUGGGAAAUGAAGUGAUGGCUGGCUACGGAUUAGCUUCUGCUACUAUUAACGUUACCACUGUAGCAACGGGAUGUGGUCUGGCACUGGCAUGCAAUACUUUUAUGUCUCAGACAUUUGGUGGUAAGAACCUGCUGAGGGUGGGAUUGAUCCUCCAGCGGAGCAUCAUCAUCCUGCUGCUGUUCUGUCUGCCCUGCUGGGGUCUGCUCAUUAACGCUGAGGCCAUCCUGUUAUGCAUGGGCCAGGACCCCGAGGUGACCAGAAUAGCCCAGCUGUAUAUUACAGGCUUCCUUCCUGCAGUACCAGCAAUAUUUGUACAUCAGCUACUGGUGUCUUAUCUGCAGAACCAGGGUAUAAUACUGCCACAAAUGUACACUGCUGCCAUGGCAAACAUAGCAAAUGUGGUGACAAACUACGUCUUUCUUUACUGGCUGGAUCUGGGUGUCUGGGGAUCUGCAGCAGCCAACACUCUGUCUCAGAUUUACAUCUGCACAUUUCUGUUUGCUUACAUUCGGUGGAAGAAGCUCCAUGUAAAAACAUGGGGAGGCUGGUCUGUAGAAUCGCUGCAGGAGUGGGGCUCCUACAUGAAACUGGCCAUUCCCAGCACAUUUAUGAAGUGCUUUGAGUGGUGGAUUUAUGAGUUUGGGGGAUUCUUUGCAGGGAUGCUGAGUGAAGACGAGCUGGCAGCCCAACAUGCUGUGUCAUUAAUGACUUUAAUAACCUACACGUUCCCUCUUGGUGUUCAAGCUGCAACAUGUGCCCGUGUGGGUAAUGCUCUCGGUGCAGGAGACACGGCCGGGGCGAUCCUCACCUGCAAGAUUGCAUUAGCUCUUGCAGGUAGCAUUGCAGUAGCUGAGGGUCUUGUGCUGGGCGCUACUAAAACAGUGAUUGGUUUCAUCUUCACCUCUGAUGAGAAAAUCAUAGGUCUGGUCUCACACUUGAUGACUGCUUACUGUUUCAUUCAGUUCACUGAUGCUAUUUCUGGUGUAUGCACUGGCAUCUUCUUGGGUACGGGCAGACAGAGGAUACCAGCCGUGGCCAAUUUAAUUGGAUACUACGGCAUAGGACUUUCACUGAGUGUUACUUUAACCUUUGUUGCAAAACUGAGAAUUUUAGGUUUUUGGCUGGGACUGCUCGUUUGUGGCAUUUUCCUAUCCAUCUUCUACGUCAUUGUCAUCUCUAAGCUGAACUGGGAGAGAAUGACAGAGGAGGCUGUAAACCGAGCACAGAGAAAAACUCCCAUGACAUUUAUAAGCACAGCUGCACCGUUAGACGCUGCGGGUGACAACACUGUUGACCAGAGAGCGAGUAAUGGGAACUCAGCAGAUGGCUACAUGUCUGUGAGCACCGAGUGCCGUGACGGGAACACGGAGACACAGGGUGGACAUGUGGUCCAGCAGCUGAUGGGUGGCCAUCUCUCCACUACCCAGCUGAUCCUCAGGCGAGGCUUCAUUGCGUUUGCAGCAGUUGCACUUCUGGCUGUGGGAGCAAGUGUGCACUUCCUUGUGCCCUUGCCAGAGACCCGGCCUUCAGAGGCUAACUUUACUUUGGACUGGAUCAAUACGACAUAUACUCCUGAUCAAAUAUUCUCUACCGCACUGGUCCCAAAUGAAGAGUCAGAUUGACCUUAAGAAUCCAGGAUAACCACAAUGCUUCUGUUUAAUGCAUUAAAUACAAAGGUUGUCAAACUGUCUUUAGUUUGACUCUUUCUCUUUGACAGAAUGUGGUUGUGAGCCAAUCACUGGCAGAUUCACUAGAAAAUCGUGUGAAUCAAAGGUCUGAAAGCAAUAUUGUGCUUUCGUAGAUUAAUUCAUUGAUCAUACAACAUGUCACCCCAUAUGCUCUGUCUGCUUCCUGCACAUCUGGAUGGGUGCCUUUCUUCUGCAUGUCCUGCUUUGACACGCUGCAAUGCAAACAUGUGCAUCAUAUUGUGCACUGGUGCCUAAGGAGAUACUUCAUUGAAUCCAAUAAACUUUGGUCAUGUUCAUGUAACCAAGUUAGUGAUCACCACGUUCAUAAUGAUUCCAGCCGCCAGGAUGGAUAGCAUGGCAGCCAGAGCCAGGCCCCGACGCACAACCAGAGUCCUGUGAGAGAGCUCCGCCUCCACUGUUUUUACUGCUGGUUCCUCCUCAGUGUCAAUCAGGUCCAUGGUGUCAAUGGUGUCCGUUUGGUCCUGUGAGUAUUCGGGGUCAUCUGAUUGGGGACCUGGACAUACAAAUAUGACUGUAAUGUUUUCACUGAAAAAUAUUAAAUUUCUACCUUAGAAUUACAAGAUUCUACCUGACAUUUUUUUUCAAAAGUGAGUUAUUUACAUCAAACUGUUCUUAUUAUAAGUUAAUAACAUUUAAAGUUGGUCUAUUUUUAGUUUUAUGCCUAGCCUGCAUAUAAAGAUGUACGACAUCACAGCUCUCCAAAAGUGAAGCCAAAACACGUUGAUCGCCCCCUGGUGGCUGGCUGCAGUAUAGGUCAUAAGUCCACCUCCUCCUUGUUAGAGGAUGGGACAUGGACCAAACUAAAAAAUCAAAGUACGCGUCAAAUAAAUUCUUUCCAAAGAUG